AUGCCUUCUAGCUCUCCCAUCCUGCCGUCGCCCACUUCAUUCGCGACGGCGGCGACGACCUCGUCCUCUUUCUCGUCCUCCUCCAUGCGUCGAGCGUACCGCCGGACACACAGCGCAAUCAAGCACCAGUGCCGGGCCGCAGUCGAGCUAAUAGAUGUCGCGCAGGGCGUUGCCGCGGUCCUCACGUCACUCCUCUACUUCAAGCAAAAAGCUCUUAUCUACCCGUCGCACAUCCCCCCCAACUCUCGUACCGAUGUACCGCGGCCGUCGCAGUAUGGAAUCAAAGACUUUGAGGACCUGGUCAUCCCGACCAGCGAUGGGGAGAAGCUGUCGGCCUUCUAUAUACGGGCCCCCAAGGGCGGCCGCAACUCGAAAUGUACCGUCUUGAUGUUUCACGGGAAUGCGGGUAAUAUUGGCCACCGACUGCCUAUCGCACGUAUGAUCAUCAACUACAUUGGAUGCAAUGUCUUCAUGCUUGAGUACCGCGGCUAUGGCCUGUCGACAGGGGAGCCCGACGAGAAGGGACUGAUGGUGGAUGCCCAGACUGCCCUGGACUAUCUGCGGGACCGAGCCGAGACAAGUGAUCACAAGAUCGUGAUUUACGGCCAGAGUUUGGGAGGGGCUGUUAGCAUCAAGCUCGUCUCUAAGAACCAAAACGCAGGGGCCAUAGUCGGCUUGGUCCUGGAGAACACCUUCCUGUCGAUGCGGGCUCUGAUCCCGUCGGUGAUCCCGCCCGCCAAAUACCUGGCCGUGUUAUGUCACCAGGUAUGGCCUAGCGAGACCCUGAUCCCGACGAUCACAGAAGUUCCCAUCUUGUUCCUCAGCGGCCUCCAAGACGAGAUCGUACCUCCCCCACACAUGCGCAAGCUAUACGAGCUGGCUACCACCCCGACAAAAAUCUGGAAACCGCUGCCUGGCGGUGACCACAAUUCUAGCGUGUUGGAAGAGGGCUAUUUUGAGGCCAUCUCGGAAUUUGUGUCAAAUGUUGCUGGAGACUCAGCGCCCUCAAAGUCACGGCGUGAAGGCAGAUGA